UACCAAUUAGUCUGUUAGUAUAAAGGCAUAAGUAUUUCCGAAUAAAGAAGCAGGCAUAGCACUAUCCCGUUGGAAACAUGCGUCUGGACAAGAAAGUCGCCAUCGUCACCGGCUCCUCCUCCGGGAUUGGCAGAGCCAUUGCCAUCCGCUACGCCAAUGAAGGAGCCUUCCUUGUGUGUGCGGAUCUAUCGCCGACCGCACGGUCCGAUGCCCCCGAAGAGCUGGAAAUCACGACCCACGAGGCCAUCCAGCGAGGUGGCGGACGAGCCAUCUUCGUGACGACAGACGUGAGCAAUGCGCAGGCCGUCGAGCAAAUGGUGCAAGCAGCUGUGAAGGAAUUCGGACGUCUGGAUAUACUCGUGAACAACGCCGGAGUAGUAAUCGAGAGCCGCCGACCAGGAAAGGUGCACGAAACCGACGAAGAGGCGUGGGACAAGACGAUGCUCGUGAACGCGAAAUCAGUCUUCCUCGGAUGCAAAUACGGCACAGCGCAGAUGCUGAAACAAGAGCCCCAUGAAUCAGGCGAUCGGGGCUGGAUCAUAAACAUGUCCUCGAUAUUGGGGAUUGUCGGGGCGAUGAUAACACCAUCGUAUUGUGCCUCGAAGGGGGCCAUCAGCAACUUAACGCGCCAGGUGGCAUUGGACUAUGCCGCCGACCGCAUCCAUGCGAAUGCCAUCUGUCCUGGAUUUACUCGGACUGCAAUACUCCGCGGAGCGGAUGACAACCUGCUGGAUUGGGAGGGUCUGGAAAAACAACAUCCUUUGAAGGGACUCGGUGUGCCGGAUGAUAUCGCACGGAUGGCCGUGGUGUUGGCGAGCGAGGACGCGAGCUGGAUGACGGGGGCGUGUGUUCCAGUGGACGGGGGAUAUACGGCAAUGUAGGAUGACUUCGGAAUGACAAUCGAAUGCAGAUAAGGGCGUUCGAAGGCGAGGGAAUUGAACAGGAACCUAAGGUAAGUUUAAACGUCAGAUUGAGGCUUCAUGGAGGGAUGGGCAUACAGGAGUGGGUUUGUGCCCCAGGAAACAGACACAGUGACUUCCGAAGCCCUAAACACAUUUGCUAUAUUGCAGUCAUUGCGGAAAUAUCGUUGAUUGUCGUCUAUCGAUGGCAGUGUGACUGCUUUCCUGCCGUCAAG